AUGGCCAACGCAAACCACCAACCUGGCAUGCCUAACGCAGCUACCCAACUAGAAUUAGCGUUUAGAAUAUCCUUAAAACCAAAUUGUCCUAUUCAUAUUCGUGCCGAUGAAUUAUGCGGUUCCUUUGACACGCCUCAAAAGCCACCCUUGUCUCGUAACCAUGCCGUUGUAGAAAUCGGAGUUAUGGAGCGCCGAGGAAUUUUCGCUUGGGUACGAGGAAUCAUCAAUGAGCUUCAAUCUUUUAAUCUGCUUAGUGUCAACUUGGUUCCUGCACUUUGGGGACAACUAUUCAAGAUCGUCCAAAAUCAUGCUUUCUUCAAGCGUUGGAUCUUCUCCCGCCCUAGACCUGGUCCAAUGGGUUUCUUGACCUUCGUUCAUGAUCCGAGCCAAGAGCUAAAUUUUACUGCAGAAGAUGUUCUCGGUAGAGCUCAGAUCAUUUGGCAAGAAAUUGAAGCCGAUUUGAAGGGUGGAGAGCCUAACCAAUUUAUCAGCGAGAUUUUCCAUCAGGUGUACCACAUCUGGCAAUACAAAUGCUGCAUGAAUAACAUGUUGAGAGAUAUGAGAGGUCAACCACGCACGACGGAUCGUGAUGGCUUUCUAGAGCUUAUGCGCUAUAGAUUACCACGACCACUGCCACCUGGUAAUCAACCAGUUCAGGUUAUCGCAGUGCCAGCUGCAGCUCUUCAGUCCGCUCAUCAACUUGCUCCCCCUCAACAAAAUCCCGUCGGUGCAGAUACUAGUAUUGUUGGUCAUGCAUCUAUCAUCGGAAAUCCUGGUAACAACCCUACUCGUGGAGCUACAAAUACUCGAACAGGUGCUAGACUAGCAACAGGUGUGUCUGUAGCUGCUAGAGGUUUAGAUAUUAGCAAUGACCAAUCAAGUGGGUCUGACAACACAAAUUCUGCUUUUAACCAGCCUUAUGCGCCCAUGCCCGCCGCUGAUCCUAACGCAGGCAGAAUGGUCAGCACCCUCAUGGUUUCAAGCCCGGCAUUCGCCCACAGCCUACGCAGAGCAAAUCGCAUGGUAUCUUCUGCCAUGCCUAACGCUGUUCAAGCAGGUGGUCCUAACGCCGUUCAGACAAGUGGUGCUAACGCUGUUCAGGCAGGUAGCUCCAAUGUCGCUGCUACUUCAGGUCCCCAGAAUAACGGUCAACAACAAAAUGGCAACACUCAAGGUAAUAUACAGCCGCGUCCAGGACCAGGCGCUACCAUGGGACGAUCUAGACCAUCACAACCAAAUCUCCGUCGCCGCCGGAACUCAACAAUCACACAACGCCCACAACGCGUCCCAGUGCCCAGCUCUGCAAGUUCGGAUAGCUCUGCCGCUGUUCCAGCAGUGACUCAAAAGCGACCUGCCACCGCUGAUAGUAGCACUAGUUCUGCUGCAGGUCCUUCAAGACUCUCUGGCAAGAAGGUCAAGAUGGAGAAACCUGAUGCUGAUCGUUAG